AUACGUACAAAAUGACAUAUACGGACAAAAUGACACAGGCAUCUUAUUUCAAAUUCUGCCGCUUCUAGCCCGCCAUAGAUAAGUACAUCACAUGACUCUAUCCGGUAUUACUAACCUGUCAAAACGUGAACUCGCGCCAGUCUUUCGUUUGGGUGUCAUGGCUGACGACAAACAUUGAUAUUAACAGCUGAUACCAAAAUGCCACGUAAUUAUAAGCGUACGACUGAUCGUCAAUCCUGGAGUGAGGAAUCAAUGCGCAAAGCUAUAGAAGCAGUUCGCAGUAAUAGAAUGGGCUGGCUGUUGGCUUCGAAGACAUUUGGAGUCCCUCAAGCAACACUAAGAAGACAUGUAUCGAAUAGUAACAAAACUUUAGAGUCGUCUGCAAAAGGUCUAGGAUGUUGGAAAGCUACUUUUACACCUGAAUUGGAAAAAAAAAUGGUUGAGCAUUUGAAAUUACUAGAGUCUCGUUUAUUUGGGCUGACGCGAACGUCUGUUCAAGAAUUAGCUUUUGAGCUAGCUGAAAAAAACGGGUUUGCUCACAAAUUUAACCCGCAAAAACGAAAAGCUGGUCAAGAAUGGUUAGAAGGGUUUUUAAGACGAAAUAAAGAUAUUUCUUUACGCAAACCAGAAGCUACUUCAGCUGCUCGUGCUCAGGCCUUUAAUCGACCUCAAGUCAAAAAGUUUUUUGAGAUUUACGGACAUCUGCUGGAAUCUGAGAAAAUUGGGCCACACAGAAUUUAUAAUACUGACGAAUCAAGCCUGUCUACUGUACAAAAACCCCACAAGAUUUUGGCUUCUACUGGUAGGAAGCAAGUUGGCGUAAUAACUAGCGCAGAACGUGGAACUAACACCACUGUUGUUUGUUGUGUUAAUGCUAUUGGUACCUUUGUUCCGCCGAUGAUGAUAUUUUCUAGGAAAAAUAUGAAAAAAGAGUUGGUCGAUGAAGCACCUCCUGGCACUUUAGGUGUAGCUCAACCAUCAGGAUGGAUGACAACGGAUUUAUUUCUGAAAUGGCUCAAACACUUUCAAAACUUUGUUAAAUCAUCUAUUGACGAUAAAGUUAUAUUGAUUGUCGACGGGCAUGUAAGCCACAAAGGGCUUGAAACUUUAGAAUAUGCGAAACAAAACGGCAUUAUUAUUUUGUGUCUACCUCCACAUUGCACUCAUCGUCUCCAGCCUUUGGAUGUCUCAUUUUUCGCGCCUUUGAAGACAUAUUUCAGCCAAGAGACAUCCAAAUAGCUUAAACAACACCCAGGGCGUGUUGUUACACAAUUUCAAAUUGCUGGCCUGUUCAAAGAAGCUUAUGGUAAGGCAGCUACAGUGCAAAAUGGUUGUAACGGAUUUAAGAGCACUGGGAUUUGGCCUCUAAAUCCUGAAAUAUUUCCCGAUUAUAUGUAUGAACCAGCAGAGACUACAAACAUACCUGCACUGGCAGACACCACCAAUAUGCAAUUUCAUCAGCAAAUAGGUCCUAUUCCAGUUCCCAUAUCAGGACCCUCCACACAACAGCUAGACAAUUUAAUGUCACUUCCUGGAACGCAACAUAUAAUCCGCGCCGUUACACCUGACAAUAACGACACAACAGUUCAAACAACCGACUCUACUGAAACAACUGAUAAUUUAACAGCAAACACUGGUCAAGACCUUAUUAUACCUGCUGCAAAUGAAAAUUGCCCAUCUAUUGGUAAUGAAUUACAUCCCUCAUCUCAUACUUUAGCAGUGCCUAUUGAAGUUUUAUCUCCUGUCCCAAAAGGACUUUACGUAAGUGGCCAAGGCAAACGUAAGCCAAAGAAACACCAAACAUCUUUAGUUUUGACUUCCACUCCAAAUAUGAACGAAAUUAAGGCUAAAAAUGAGCCUAAAGCUCCUUCAGAGAAGAAAAAACGAAAGGUUACCAAAACCAUAUUCCAUGAAGACAGCGAAGAAGAAAAUUGUCCAAAUUACACUCAAGAUGACGAAGAAGAUUGCGCAUGCAUAUAUUGCAACGAUCUUUAUUCACGAUCAAAACCUGGAGAAGACUGGUUGCGGUGUUUAAAAUGUUCGCAUUGGGCCCACGCUUCUUGCGCGGACGUUUCUAAACGAACCAAGCGGUUCAUUUGCGAGCUUUGCUUAUAAUUUUAAAACUUUUGCCGUGUAUGUCAUUUAGUCCGUAUGUGGUAUGCCAUUUUGUCCAUAGCAUAUGGACAAAAUGGAUUUCGUUGAUCUCUGUUAAAUUUAAAAUUAUUUUUUUUUCUACUUUGUUUAUCUUUUAAGUAUAUAUUAUAAAUCAAAGAUAUGAAACCUAAGAUUACUGGUGUGCAAAUAUGAAUGCGCUGUGAUUUACCAUUAAAGAGUUAUGACCCAAAACCAAAACUAUAUGUCAUUUUGUACGUAC